UGCGCAAUUAUAAAUGCCAGAGCUGGCGAAGUAUUAGCAGACUACAAAUUUUCUAUACCCUCCCUAACUUCACAUUUCUUCUCAGAUGGCAGCACCGUCAACUCAAUUUUUCGUCUCGUUCUGCAUUGACGUUUUUCCUUUUUGGUUUGGUUUUCGUACUCUUAGACAUCAGGCAAAAAUGCAGUUAUUUUACUUUUUUAGUUGAAAUUUUAACAUUGGAAGCAGAUAAAUAUGAAUAUAAAAUAGAUAAACGGAAAUUCGAUAUUCUAAUUUUGAAGUUAUCUAUACUGCAAGUGCAAAGGCGUAAAUUCUUUGUAUUUUUCCAUGGACAUUAAAGAAAAAGAGCAGAAUUGUGAAGAAACGAUGACAAAUGAAGAGAAACAAGUUAAUGAAAAUGGAGAAGUUAAUAACGAAGCGGUGAAUAUAAAAGAAUCAGCUGGAAAACAAAAAUUAAGAAGCUGGCUAAAUCGUACACUAAGGAUAAAAAUGACUGAUGGUCGAAUUUUGACAGGAGCCUUCUUGUGUACAGAUCGUGAUGCUAAUGUCAUAUUGGGACUGUGUUCAGAGUAUUUAUCGGAAAAUUCUGAAGCAAGAGCAUUAGGAUUGGUUAUGGUUCCUGGAAGACACAUUGUGACGAUACACUUGGACGUAUAAAAAUAGAUAAAAUUAUUAAUUAAAAAAGUUUUGAGUCACCAACAUUGUGCAGAGUAAAUUUUCACAUACUUUGCUUUCUCUACAACUUUAACAUAUAAGUUCUGUACAAAAUAAUGUAAAUAAAAAAAAAAAUAAAACUGUACAAUUUAUAUAA